ACAGGUCUCGGCUUCGCUUAGCUAUCGUACGGCAUCGUAACCUCGAAAUCUGAAGUCGGUUGCCAUAUUGAUAACGGAGAAGGUUGAUUCGAGUUAAUUUAGUUUGAUGUGGCAUUUUCUUGUAUUCGAGGUGGAUGAAGAUGAAUAAAGAGAUUUUCGAAGACAAGGAUUAUCCUACUCAAUGGGCACUUAAUCCGUCUACGUAUCAAAACAUGAACAAUGAUCAAGUCGAUUGGGCAGCCUUAGCUCAACAGUGGAUUAAGAUGAAGGAAACCGUCGUUCCACCUGCUCCGCCACCACCGACUAUUACCUCUGGCCGAGUAGUCGACGAUGGCGGGGGAGAAGCUCCUAUGGAUAUGGAUACUAAAGAUGACGAUAUGCCACCGGCUCCCCCAGCUCCCAGUAUCAGUGGAUCAGAAGCAUGGAAUCAGUGGAAUCAGUGGGAUCAGUGGAACAGUUCCGGUUCCAGUUCGAACAACUGGGAAUGGAGCGGGGUUCCUCCACCUGGUAUCUCUAUAGCCUCCGAUGGAAAGUCGAUACCGGUACCGGCUCCUCCCGUUGUACCACCUGCUCCGACGAUAUCUGGUACUUCGGGAUACAAUGUACCGUCACCCGCACCCCUGCCACCUCCGUAUCCUUUCAAUUCGAUACCACCGACGCAAUCGUAUAAUCAGGUCCCUUCCUUUUGGCCUGGAGAUCAGCCCGUUCCGGUUCCUCCUCAACCUCCUCCGUUUGUCAAAGGUAUACGUCACUCGAGCAGAAUACCUCAUGUUCGAAAUAUGGACAUGAUAAGAAAUCGAGACAUCCGAGAAAAAACACCGGAAGAGGAUACGAGUACAACAAUAGACGCAGCGAAAAGGAGACAAUUGCCUGCCUGGAUCAGAGAGGGUUUGGAAAAAAUGGAAAGGGAAAAGCAAAAGGCAGUGGAACGGGAGAGACAAGAAAUGCUCAGGCGACAGGAACUGGAAGCCCGAAAACAAGCCGAAGAAGAGGCUCGUGCUGUACUUAAUCCGGCCAAGAGCAAAUUCGAUUCGGAUUCCGACGAAGAGGGGGAACGCGAGUUUGAGACGACGAGUCAGAAAGCAGAAAAGGAGGCUGAGAAAAGCUACGAACGCAGCCCGGACGUUGUCAAGCCGAGGAAAUCGCGCUUCAGGGACGCGAUCUCUCCCGAGACCUCGAAAUCAGCGGCUAAGGAAGGAAGUCCCGACGUGACGUCCGCCAGAAUUCCAACGCCCCCGAAACGCUCGAGAGAAGAAGUCCUGCAAGAAAUCAUGUUGAGAGUGCGUCGAUCGCUGACGGAAAUCCUAUUGGAGGUAACGAACGAAGAAAUAGCCUCGACUUGCAGAGAGGUAUGGAGCCGAGCACGAGCCAAAGGAACGCCCCCCAUCGCAUCAAUCGACAACGCGGCCCCUAUUGCUCAGAUCACUCGGAAACUUGGUCUGGGCAUCUACGGAGACAGCAACAGUGAAUCCGAAGCGGAGCAGAACGAAGACGAGGAGCACAAGGAUAACGACAGCGAUGAAGAACUUAAGGAAACCCUGAGGAGGCGACAGCAGGCAUUUAAAAAGACGGAAGAAGAAAUCGAAGCGUCUUUGGCAGCAGAGGAGGAGAAUUCGCUUCGCCAGCAGGGUCAGUCGUAUAAGCACUCGGAAAAUCAUACCGGUAAUAGUAGCUGCAAAGAUCCAGUUGAUGAGAAAGAAAAGAUAGAUAGUCAAAGAGAAACGUCGGAAACCCGAUCCAGCGGUGGACAGACGCCGCAGCAGCAAAGCGUCACGACCGACACGGCCAAAGCUAGUUCGUUGUCGAGGUCGAUAGACUCCGACUCGAGCAGUUUAAAGUCGUCCAGUUCUGAUUCGAAUCGCAGUUCGAUUAAAAAAGGCAAGCAAUUGAGCAAGGACGCCGAUCGGGGUCGGCGGAAGAAGUCCAAGAGCAGGAGUACCUCUAAAACCGAACGGUCGAGGUCGCGCUCUUCGGAUCGCGUUCGCAAGCGCAAAUCUAAAUCAAGAUUUUCCAGAUCCCCGAAAAGGUACCGCUCGAGAUCGUCCAGCUCUUACAGGUUCGCCGAGGAUAGACAUAGGUCACGGUCGAACGAUCGGAAGAGAUUGAGAUCUCGCUCCAGAGGCAGGCGAAGGUCCAGACCGCCGACGUUGAGCCGAAAGUGCUCGCGAUCGCGAUCCAAGGGAAAGAAAACCUCCCGAUCGCAUUCUAGAAGCAGGAAGAAGAGUCCGCUUAAAUCUAGCAGACGAAGCACUUCUCAUACGAGGGAUCAAAGGGGAACGCGGUCCAGAUCCAGGGACAGAAGACGAUCGCGAUCCGGUUCGAGACAUCGCAGGCGAUCGCGAUCCUACAGCUCGCGGGAUAAAAGGAAAAGUCGAUCGCGCUCCAAAGACCGCAAGAGAUCGCGAUCCAAAUCUCGUCACUUGGGCCAACGUGAUGGAAAGAAGUCGUCUCAUCGGUACAGAGACUGAGUGUGUCCGAUUUCAAAUCAAGGUUGUAUGAUUCCCUUUUCGAAAUCUUAGGUUUAACGUUCGGUCAGCGAUACGAGUUCCUCUAUCUCUAAUUGUUUUUAUAACCAUUUGUCAGCACGCAAUCUUAAUUCUGUGUCAUACCGCCUUGGCUGAAUCUUGGCUAGAUGAGAGUUACGGCAGUAACUGCGACGACGUGUAAGGUUUCUUUAAAUAUGAGUACGAUAUAAUUAAGAUAACAGUACAUUCUUCAAAUAAAAUCAUUUCUGAAAACCUCUGAGACCUGUAGAGUUGAGUUCGGAAUUCUGCGCAUGAUUUCUUCUUUCCUCGUUAUCAGCCGACAUUUCCAUAUUCGUGUUACUUCUUGCACGGCAACUUGAAGGAGACAUUUGAAAUCGGAAUAAAGGCGCAGAAAAAUCAACGGACGUGACGAUUGUAUUUCCACGCCAUCUCCAAUUUUCACCGAGACGUUUAAUAGAAAUCGAUUGGUCUAUUGAUUACACUCCUUAUUCAGUGGAUAGAUUCUCUGUGUAUUUCUGUUGUACGGAUUUCAUGCGGUAUUUCGCUCGCUGGUAUCGUUCUACGAACGUGAGACGUUUUUGUUUUUUUAUUUUAUCAUAAAUGUACAUUCCUCGUGCGUGGAAAAAGACACGAUUGUCUUUUCAAAUGAUUUUGAGUACUCCGAUAAACUACUCACCAAAUCCAAGAAGGAACGACGAUGAUCUUUGGUGGAAGGUUCUAAGGAAACUACACUCCUAAAUCUAUAGACGUUCAUGCACGGUUCUCUUUCACGAGAGGAGAAAGGAGUAACGUUACUCGAGUUGGGUUCCCGAGAAACCCAGGUGAGAUCGAAAAUAGCAGAAACUAGGGUCCCCGAAAGAAGAACGUCGAUAA